AAUUUUGUGACAGGUUAUAUACAAAUUAUGCGUGCUGUACUUCAUCUUGGGUGUCAAUGACGUACCUUCUCAUUGUAUUAUGAAUGAGCGGUGCACAGGUAUAACUUGUUAAAAUGUAGCAAAAAUCUGAAAUCAGUCCCGAAGAUGUAAAAGUCAGCUGUCAGUAUUGAGAAGAAUGGAUGAUACAGACAAGUAUCCUGUACGAGAGCCUAAGAUGCCACGCAUAUCUGGAGCUCAAAAUGUUGAUGACCGAGAUCAUGCUCAGCAGAGGGCAGCACAGGAGGCUCGUAUGAUCGCACGCUGGACGCGAGAAGAUCUAGAAGACAAAUACUUGAGACUUUAUGAGGAGAAUAUUAUCAUCAAGAAACAUGCCAGAAAACAAGAAGACAAAAUUAAAAGGAUGGCCACAAAACUAUUGCGAUUGGUCAGUGAUAAAAAGAAGAGAGAAGGGGACCAAGGAGGGCGCAAAGGAAGAGACAUUGAGACUGAAGAAAUGGUUGAAGAACUUCAAAGCAAAGUCAGGGAUUUAGAAAAACAAAACUCUAUGUUUAAAGAAAAGUUAAUGGUGACAAAGGCUCAACUGCAAACACAGGGAAAAAGACAUACUCCAUAUGGACAUGUGCCUUCUAGGAUUAACACUGGUAUACCAAAACCUCCACCAGAUCCACGAGUUGCCAAAAAUAUACGAGUGAUGGGUCCGCCCCGUGAUACACAACGCACUGUAAAUAGUCCCGGCUUGCCAAGAUAUGGACAUAGUCUGCUAGAGGAGGCGAGGGAAGAGAACAGGCACCUGGAACAUGUGAUAGAUCAACUCAAUGACCAGUUAGGGGUUUACGAACAAGACAUUGAGAUGCUCAAAGAGGAGGUGAGAAUGAAAGAAUCUGACUUCGAAGAAGAUUUAUUAAAAAUUAAACAACAAAUGACAGCUGGACAGAGGACGAAUAUACAAGAAAAUAUUGACAUUAUACGUCUACAGAGGGAGAUUAAAGAAAAAUCAACCAAGUUAACAGCUCUUCAGGAUAAAUAUACUCAAUUAGAACAUAAACUGCGGAAUGUGACUGAGAGUCAUGACCAGAUCUUAGAAGAGAUGGAGAGUUUGUCCCAACAACUGAAAGACUCACAGAACAAGAAUCUCACUCUACAGAAUGAACUGAAAGGGGGCUCAGCAUCUCAGAGAACCAUCUUGGAGCUUGAGGAGCAGUUAGUUGAUUUGAAGAAAGAACGUGAUAUUCUUACAGAGGCCAAUGAAAAACUAGUCAGCAGUGCAUUUGAUCUCGAGCGUGAAAGAGAGUGGAGACAGCGGGAAAAUGCCCUGAAGGUACAAGUGGCGCAACUUGAGGCAACUCUCAAAGCAGAUGUAGGAGAGAAGGGAGGCAUUCUAGACAGACUCACAACUGAGAGAGAGGACCACGAACAGCUACAGAAUGACUUCAGGGAGGUCCAAGUGAAAUAUUUCCAACUGAAGGAGGAGCAUGAUGAACUGUCUCAGAAGAUGCAGUUCUUCACACGUGAAUCAGCUGUUGACUUCCAAGAGAUAGAAGAAGCUCUUGUGAUUGUUAAACAGAGAAAAGAGAAAGGGACUCAAGAUCUGGACUUCUUGGAGAAAGUAGAUGGUGUCAAACAGAAAGAUGCUACUAAGGAAAUUCUUGAGAUCCAAGCAGAGUAUGCUGAAACCAUUAAUGAACUAGAGAAGACACGUAACAUGUUGAUAGUGCAACAUAGGAUCAAUAAAGACUACCAGACAGAGGUGGCAGCAGUGACUUCAAAGAUGGAGGAAAAUCGUAAAGAAUAUGAGACAAAGUUAGAGGAAUAUGCACAACUGCUGGAUAUCAGGGCAGCUAGAAUUAAGAAACUAGAGGCUCAAAUGAAGGAUGUUGCAUAUGGUACUAAACAAUAUAAGAUCAGAGAGAUGGAAGAAAGUGAAGUUGAAGAAAUUGAUGAAACUUUACAUCUUGAACGAGGACAUAAUAUGUUUGAAAUACACAUUUCUAAGGUGCUGCUAUCUAAAGAGGCUCUGAAAUUCCUGGGAGAUGAUGAACCUACAACGUUCUGUACCUGGGAGUUUUACGAGUUUGAAAUCCAAUCAACGCCUGUAGUUAAAGGUGCCAGGGUAGAUAUUAACUUCACCUCCCAGUACGAGGUCAAGGUCGAUGAUAUAUUCCUCCACUACCUACAGAAAGAUGGCGCCACAUUAGAGCUCCACCAAUCAUAUGGCACAGAUUAUCGUACUGUGGGGGCAUGCCAGUUGAAAUUCACUGAUAUAUUUGAUAAACCAAGUGGCAGAAUCCAUGGGAAUGUGACAGUUCUAGGGGUAUCACAUGGAGAAGGCAAUGGCUUGAACCUAGGCACUGUAGAAUACUGGGUUAGACUAAGAGUGCCAAUGGACCAGGCACUUCGAUUAUACAAGGAGAGAACUAAAGCUCUGGGUUACUUGGCUACCAAUCUUAGGACAACAGAACAAGCUCUUGAGGCCCUUGAUGAAACUGCUGCACAGAGGCCUUCAGACAAUGUCAAUCAGUUGCAGAUAAAGGUCAUCAGAUGUGCAGGAAUUAAAGCAAGGAGAAAGGAUGUGCAGCCUUCGCCAUAUUGCGUUUACAAGUUCUUCGACUUCCCAGACCAUGACACUACAAUCAUACAGAGUUCAAAUGAGCCUCAGUUCAACGACCAUAAAUCAUUCCCAGUUGCCAUGACAGCAGACCUAGAUCGCUACCUUAAAAGCCAUCCAUUACAAAUCUAUGUAUUUGAUGACACUGACCCUGAGGAGGUGGAAUAUUUGGGUAGAACUGAUGUACCUCUGUUAGCCCUGGCACAUGAUAAAGCAAUACAAGGGACGUUUGAGCUCAAACAGAAAAGUGGUGCUAUAAAUGGAACUAUUGAAGUGUACUUACAAUGGCAAUAUACAUACAUCCCUCCUAAAGUGGGGACUAAAACUCCUGCUCAGAUAUUAGCCACAACUCCAGCUGAGAAACCAGGGCAACCAAUAUUCCUUCCAGGGGAGGAUGAGAUAGCCCAGAGUCCUGCAGUGUCUGGAUCAGUCACCUUUGCUAUGACUCCUGGGGAAAUACCUCCCUCGGGUCCAAAAGCAAUGUCUACCCCCAUUCCUAUUGAUAAAGAAAUCCGUCCCAGUACUGCUCAAAAUAGGCCCCAACCAACACCAUCCAAGUCCUCAUACAAACCAGAUGUUGUUCAAAUGAAACCCCAAGUAGUACAAGGCCAGAAGAAACAAAGGUCUCCACCACAGGAGGAUCAGGGAUCAGCAGCCUCAGCUUCUGAUAGCAACCAAGAUGAACCAGAGAGCACUGGGAUAGCAGGGACUCCUCUAAAGGAGCCUCACCCCCCUACCCCUCAGAAGCCACCCAGGCCCCUACCUAAAGCUCGGACCCUCAAGCGAGAAGAUGGCAGCAAAAUUGCAGCAGCAGCUGUUGGUGUGGCAGCUGUGGCUGGAGGGGUUGCUAUGGCAAAUGCAGAGACCCCCACAAUAACUAUCACCGAUUCAAGCGUAGGAGAGAUGAUUGAAGAUGAUGAUGAUGGAGGGACAGAAAACAAUAAAACAGAAGAGAGCUCUUCAGAUCAGGAGGUGAAAAAAGCAAAAGAAGUGAUGCGAAAGGCACUCCUAAAAAAGCAGAAUGCAAAAUCUGAUAAAGAAUCAAAGAAAACCACCAAAGAAGAAGAAGAAGAUGAGGGAGAUCUCGCAAAAACAUCACUUAGUCUAACCGAGGCCUCUGAUACAACGUUCACAGUGUCCUCUGUGUCUGAGCUUGAUGACACACAGGGGGAUGGAAAUGACACACUGGAUGAUGGAGAUGACACACUUGAGACAACUGAUCCUGGAAUGAGGAUCAACCCUAAAAAAUCAAAACAAGAAUCAAAAUCUUUGGAAGCUGAUUCUGAUAAAACACCACCAGCUGAAGAAAAAUCUAAAGGGAAGAAGGAGAAAAAGUCUUUAUUUGGGCGGUCUCCAUCCCCUUCCAAGAAAGAAGCAAAGGAAAAGGGUUCAGGCAAGAAAAAAGAAGGAAAGGAUGAGAAGAACAAGAAAAGGGAAAAUGAAGCGGAUGAUGUUUCCCAGGAAGGCUCCCAGGACAGUUCUCAUUCAGAUAAAAAGAAAAAGGGAAAAUUCACCUUCAAAGGCUUGUUUAGUAAAAACAAAGGGAAAGAAGACAGUAAGAAAGACAAGAAGGACAAGAAAAAGUCUAAAGAAGCUGCCCAACCUCCCGAGGAGGAAGAUGAAGAAGACAGUGAUGAUGACAUUGUUGUAGCAACAGGAGCCAUGGCAACAGGACAAUCAGAUACAAUGUUUGGUGACCAAGGUGAUGAUGAUGAUGAGGAUUCGUCACUUGGAGAUGAGGUAGACCUCCCCCAGGAUAGUCUAGCUGAUACAUAUGGGGAGACAUUGGAGAGAGAGUCUGACAGCGAGGGGGUAGUAGUCUCCCCUGCACCCCCCAGGCCAGUCUCACAGGCUGGGAACCCGAAUGUUGUUAUAAUCACAAUCUCAAGUGUGAGCCUAGAUGAAGAUUCCCCAGUGAUGUCAGACCCUAGUGUUCAAAUGCUGUUUGUGGAAUACAGGUUUCUACAGUAUCCCCCUGAAGAACUAGAAACUGUAUCUUUACCUAAACCAAAACCAAACAGAGAAGCAUCUUACAAUUUCAGGAAAGUGUUCCAUGUUGACUACGAGGAGAACUUUGAAGUAAGACAGUACCUAGCCAGCAUGCUUCUACCCGAUGACCCUAAUGAAGGAAAGGUAAGGUUCACUGUUGUAUCUGAACCUCCAGAAAACGAAGAAGAAGAUUCCAACGCUGACUGUCAGGACAUAGGUGUUGCUUAUGUCAGCUUUCUAGAUGAUAUUCUCAAACCUGGGCAUGAUAUUGUUGAUCAAGAUGUACCAUUGUAUGACGCUGAAGGUGAUGAUGUGAUAGGAUCAUUGAGAUUAACAGUAGAGUGUUACGCUGCAUUGGCUGCAAUUCAACAAGAAAUGGAUGAAGCACAGCAAUAGCACAUUGUAAAGAGCACUACAAUAAUAUAGUGUUACUAGCACUACAAUAUUUGCAGUGUUACUAUAGCACUACAAUUUUAGUACAGUGUAUUUUGUUUACACUGGUAUUACAUAAUUUUAGUGUUGAAAUGCAUUGAUGCAGGUUAGCUGUGGUAUAUCUGUCUUGAGAUCUAUCUGCUAUACUAGAUACUGAUAUACAAACUAUUUUUUUCAAGAAUCUGCACAACAGACAUUAUUACAGUUUAUACUCAAAUAAAUUAUAUUACUAUUCUAGUAUUUUAAAAUGCGUCCAUCCAGUGCUUAGUAUAGUAGAUCGUAAAUUUUGAACAUUUAUUUAUUUAUGAAUAUGAUGAUUAAAUAUAUGUACAUUUGUAUUGUAAA